UUCGCCCAGAUUCUUCUCACAUAUUGAUCCUCCAUCAUGGAGGUGCUCGGGGGAUACCCCAGCAAAUCUUCUGCUUCACGAGCAGGACUGUUCAAAGUCUUGCUGAGUGUGGCUGUGUGCAUGGGCUCGCUGUAUCUUCUGCAGAAUAAACUGUCAAAGUCGCGAAAAGCCAAAGAUUUCUACUCGUAUGAGGUGAAGGACGCGAGAGGCAGGACCGUCUCACUGGAGAAAUACCGAGGCAAAGUCUCUCUGGUUGUAAACGUGGCGAGUGGAAGCGAGUUAACGGAGCAGAACUACCGGGCUCUGCAGGAGCUGCACCGAGAGCUCGGCACGUCACAUUUUAACGUGCUCGCGUUUCCCUGCUCGCAGUACGGGGACACCGAAUCAGGUACUAGUCGAGAAAUUGAAGCGUUUGCCAAAUCCAACUACGGCGUGACGUUCCCCAUCUUCAGCAAGAUCAAAAUAAUGGGGUCUGAGGCGGAGCCCGCAUUCAGAUUCCUCACAGAUUCCGCACAGAAGAUCCCAAAAUGGAACUUCUGGAAGUUUCUUGUGAGUCCAGAUGGCCAAGUGGUGCGUUUCUGGAAACCAGAGGAGCCCAUCGAUGACAUCCGAAAAGAAGCCACAACGCUUGUGAGGAAUAUCAUAUUGAAGAAGAGACAGGAACUAUGAUAUAAAUAAAACCCCUCAGAGACUCAAGAGUGAUUCAUUGUGCACGUUUAAGUGCGUAAAAUCCUCUGUGAUAUUUGAUAUACGGCAGAAGAUGUGUCAGUUAAGACCUGACUUUGUAUGCUUGUGUGUGAUAAGCCCUGCUUACACUGCGAUUUCAGCCCCGAUUUGGUUGUCUGAGAAACAUUUGGGAAAUCCUAAAAGAUUUCUGUAAUCCUAGGCUAAAAUCUGUGGUCUUUGAUUGUUGGUUUGACAUGUUUGCCAACAGCCUCAUAUGAUAAAAUUUUCACACAGAUGAAGUUCUGCAGUGUCAGAAGAUUUCAGACACUUUCCUGCAGAGUGAUGACUUGCAUUAAACCAAGAACCAAUAGGAGCGCCGAAUCUGAUGACGCAGUCAGCAUGAAAACUACAAAUCAGCACGGGGAAAUGUCAAAACAGCUUUUUUUCUUUUCUUCUGUAUUUUUUUAUUGAGGCACGCUGUUAGCAAAAUUACCUCUACAGUUUUGUUUGUUUGCCGUAUGGUAUUAUUUCAGAACACAGGAUAGCGAAUGUGUCAUGGCGUCAAACUCCCGGUGAGUUUUCUUGUGUUUGGCACAUUUUGAUUGUCGUUCAGUCUGACAUUUAUGACAGCUGAGAUCUUACAGUGUGACAGUGGAAUCAGAUUUAUGCAACCUGACAUGCUACAAUCGUUUAGGAUUAGAACCACAGUGUGAGCCGGGCUUUUGGUGAAUACUUGUAUGAUUUUGAGAAACAAAACAUCUCUUUUUACAAACCUUAAUGUGAAUUUCAUAUGAAAAUGUUUCAAGCCACUUUUUUCAUCUGACAUGAAAACCUCUGAAUAAAUUCAGCAAUU